AUACUUAUACAAUUAACAUCUAAUUCAUUCUCAAAUCAAUCAACAAAAUCACAGAGAUUUUUUAAUUUUCCGAAAAAAAAAAAUGAAUGCAGCAGCAGCAAAGGGAUCGGCAUGGAUCGUAGCAGCAAGUAUUGGAGCAGUAGAAGCAUUGAAAGAUCAAGGAUUUGCCAGAUGGAAUUACGCUUUAAGAUCGAUUCAUCACUAUGCCAAAACUAAUUUAAUUGCUUCUAAUAAUACCUCGGCUUGGAGAUUCUCGACGGCUCCGGCGGUGGCAUCUUCUCCGGCGAUCGUCUCCGGUGAGAAGUUGAGGAAAACGGAAGAGACGUUGAGUAAAGUUAUAGAUCUGAACUGUUGGGGUCCAAGUACUGUCAGAUUUUAGAGUUAUUUACUUAAAUUUAUUAUAUGAUCUAUUAGUGAAAAGAGUAAUGUUAUACCAUUUAACCAAAGUUUGAAUGGAGAUUCGAUUUUGAAAAUUUAUUCUCAGCGAGUGUUUAUAUUAAGUA